AUGCAGCUCUGGAACCCAGGAGGAAAGCAGGACGUGGAGGGCGCUCCCCACGACCAGGCUGUGGAAGAGAUGGAGGGGAAGAUGGCCCGAGGAAAUAUUCAGGGAGAAGAGACCUGGCUUUCUGAGUCACUCUAUCGCUGUACCACAGUAGUGCCCCAGAGGCAGGGAGGCUGGGGUACUAGAAGACCCCACAACAACGCCCCCAUCCUAGGAAAGGAGGCAGAACCUGGCACGGACAGGGCCUCUUCUGAGCGGUCCAGGUCUGCAGAGGUGGCUGGAAAAAGAACUGCCCGAGUUCUGGCUGCCUGUGUCUCUUCUCUGGCUGCAAAGACAGGCUGUUUGCAGGAGACAGUGAAGGAGACAGAUCACAAUAACGGCAUCAGUCUGGAAUCUUUAGUCAUAACCAACAGGCGUCAGUGGCAGCUCUGCUGUGUGCUGCCGACCAGGAAAACAGAAAGCCUGUCCCUGCUCUCCGUGGUACCCGGUGUCAUGGGCCGGAUGGAGGAGGGACAGAGAGAGGAGGCUCCGACAGGGGCCUUGUGGGGUAGGUUAGACGCCAACGACAACGUGAGCAGCAGCCAGCCUGCCAUGAUGCUCACCGUCCAGGAGACGGGUACAGCUGUGUCCAUCCCUCACCAGGCACCUGAGGAGACCCCAGCGCCAGCGAGAGGACUGCAGGGGCUCCUCACCCCAGCAUCUGACUUAGGACCCAGCUGGAACUUCCCGGCUGCCCUGUGUGCCCCCUGGGAGCUCUCAGGGAUGGGAGGAAGCCAGAGUGGAGAGGGGGCCGCCCGGGAGCACGGAGAAGGCGUCCAGAGCCACAGACCGGAAAAGUCCGAAUGCGGCCAGAGGGACGUGGCGGGGCCUCGGGGGGCCCAGGGGCUCGGAGCUGCGGCCGCCCACCCGCCUGCCCAGCCCUCUCGGGCUUUUCUCUUGCAAAUGGAGCGGUCCAGGCAGGUGGAGCGCGCCUGCAGCCCGGGGUCCUCGCCGCCUUCCCCCCGGAAGAAGACCGUCUACAGGAGUGCGUGCCUGGCUCUGGCCCUGCUUGUGGCUGUGACGGUAUUCCAGCGCAGUCUGACACCUCGUCAGUUUCUGCAGGAGCCUCCGCCACCCACCCCGGGGCCGCAGAAGGCAAGCGAACACCUGGUGAACCCCAACAGCUUCUGGAAGAACCCGAAGGAUGUGGCCGUCCCCACCCCCAUGGCCUCUCGGGGCCCCCAGGCCUGGGAUGUGACCACCACUAACUGCUCAGCCAACGUCAACUUGACCCAUCAGCCCUGGUUCCAGGGCCUGGAGCCACAGUUCCGGCAGUUUCUCUUCUACCGCCACUGCCGCUAUUUCCCCAUGCUGCUGAAUCACCCGGAAAAGUGCAGGGACGAUGUUUACCUGCUGGUGGUUGUCAAGUCGGUCAUCACCCAACAUGACCGCCGCGAAGCCAUCCGCCAGACCUGGGGCCGUGAGCGGCUGUCGGUGGGCAGGGGCCGUGGCGCCAUGCGCACGCUCUUCCUGCUGGGCACGGCCUCCAAGCAGGAGGAGCGCACCCACUACCAGCAGCUGCUGGCCUAUGAGGACCGCCUCUACGGUGACAUCCUGCAGUGGGACUUCCUCGACACUUUCUUCAACCUGACCCUCAAGGAGAUCCACUUCCUCAAGUGGCUUGACAUCUAUUGCCCCCAUGUCCCCUUCAUCUUCAAAGGCGACGACGACGUCUUCGUCAACCCCACCAACCUGCUCGAAUUUCUGGCUGACCGGCAGCCCCAGGAAAACCUGUUCGUGGGUGAUGUCCUGCAGCACGCGCGGCCCAUCCGCAGGAAGGAUAACAAGUACUACAUCCCGGGGGUCCUGUACAGCAAGACCAGCUACCCGCCGUACGCGGGCGGAGGUGGCUUCCUCAUGGCUGGCAGCCUGGCCCGGCGCCUGCACCACGCCUGCGACACCCUGGAGCUCUACCCCAUCGACGACGUCUUCCUUGGCAUGUGCCUGGAGGUGCUGGGCGUGCAGCCCACGGCCCACGAGGGCUUUAAGACUUUCGGCAUCUCGCGGAACCGCAACAGCCGCAUGAACAAGGAGCCAUGCUUCUUCCGCUCCAUGCUCGUGGUGCACAAGCUCAUGCCCCCUGAGUUGCUGGCCAUGUGGGGGCUGGUGCACAGCAACCUCACCUGUUCCCGUAAGCUCCAGGUGCUCUGACCCGGGCCGGGCCACCAGGACAGGCCAGGGCACGUGCUCCUG